AUGCGUGUUAGUACAAAAUACGACAGUGAACCCGCCGGCGUGUUGUUCCUGGUCUCGCUGCUCAGCUCCCGACUUCGCUCUUCCAGCUCAAGUGCCGCGUCGAGGAGCCAAAGGCCCCUGCUCGCAGUCCCUGCCGCCAUGAACCCCGGAUCCGAGAUCGAGUACGAGAUACCCUACGUGGUGCGCGUGCACAAGAGCGGCCGCGUCGAGCGCCUGCAAGGCACCGAGACCGUGCCGCCCUGCCCCUCCGGGGAUCCAGCAAGCGGCAUCGCAUCCAAGGACGUCCUCCUCGACCGCGCGGCAAGCAUCUCCGCCCGCGUCUACCUCCCAGCCGCCGCCGCGGCGGAGCCCAGCAAGAAGCUCCCCGUGGUCGUGUUCUUCCAUGGCGGCGCGUUCAUGAUCCACACCGCCGCCUCCCCUAUCUACCACAAGUACUGCACCUCCCUCGCCGCCGCUGCUCCGGCCAUCGUCGUCUCCGUCGACUACCGCCUCGCCCCGGAGUACCCCGUCCCCGCCGCCUACGAGGACGCCUUUGCCGCCCUCAAGGCGGUCGUCUCCUCGUGCCGCCCGGACGGCGCGGAGCAAUGGCUCGCGGCGCACGGCGACGCGUCCCGCGUAGUCCUGGCCGGCGACAGCGCCGGCGCCAACAUGGCGCACCAGACCGCGGUAAGGCUGCGGAAGGAACGCGUCGAGGGGUACGGCGACGAGGUGAGCGGCGUCGCGCUCCUGCACUCCUACUUCUGGGGGAAGGAGCCGGUGGGCGGGGAGCCCACUGACGCCGUCGUCCGCGGCGGCAUCGACCGCGUCUGGGACGUCGCCUGCGGCGGCGAGCUCGGCCUCGACCACCCGUACAUCAACCCGAUGGCGUCGGCGCCGCCGGAGGAGCGGAGGCGGCUCGGGUGCCGCCGCGUCCUGGUCGCCACGGCGGAGCUGUGCUGGUUCGUGGAGAGGUCGCGCGCGUACGCGGAGGGGCUCAAGGCGGCGUGCGGGUGGGAGGGGGAGCUGGAGUUCCACGAGACCAAGGGCGACGGGCACGUCUACUUCUUGCUCAAGCCCGACUGCGACAAUGCCGCCAGGGAGCUCACCAUCGUCGCCGAUUUCGUCAGGCGCUGCUGAAGCUGAAUUUGGGUCGUCUGUAUGAUUCAAUAGUAAAGGAGCACGCAAUUUGUUUGUGAUUUAUUCACCGCGUCAGCUGCAAAUUCGCCACAAAGGUUGAAACAUGAAUUGAUAUUUCGUUGA